GCGAUGGCGUACGACGAGAGGCUGGCGCGGUUCCGGCAGGCGCACCUCAACCCCUUCAACAAGGGCCCGGAGCCUCCCGGUGGUGGUGGUGGUGGCGGCGGGGCUGGAGAGGACGAUCCGCUGCCUCCCGGUGCUCCCCCGCUGGAUGCGGCCCAGCGGCACGAACCGGGCCAGGGAGACGGGGAGGGCUCGGAGCGGCCCAUGGACCUGGGCCUGGCGGAGGACCACUUCUCUCGGCCCGUGGGUCUCAUCCUGGCGCCCGACGUGCAGCAGCUGCGCCGCGCCAUCGAGGAGUGCCGCCGCGCCAUCCUGGCGCUGCCCGAACACUCGGAGCGGCAGAAGGACGCGGUGGUGCGGCUCAUCCACCUCCGCCUCAAACUGCAGGAGCUGCAGGACCCUGAUGAAGAGGAGCCCAACAUCCGUGUGGUGCUGGAGCACCGAUUCUACAAGGAGAAGAGCAAGAGCGUCAAGCAGAUGUGUGACAAGUGCAGCACCAUCAUCUGGGGCCUCAUCCAGACCUGGUAUACCUGUACAGGGUGCUACUAUCGGUGCCACAGCAAGUGCCUGCCCCUGGUCACCAAGCCCUGCGUCAGGUCCAAGGUGAGCCACCAGGCCGAGUACCAGCUCAGCAUCUGCCCUGAGAGCGGGCUGGACAGCCAGGACUACCGCUGUGCCGAGUGCCGGGCCCCCAUCGCCCUCAGAGGGGUGCCCAGCGAGGCCCGACAGUGCGACUACACCGGCCUCUACUACUGCAGCAGCUGUCACUGGAAUGACCUGGCUGUCGUCCCCGCCCGCGCCAUCCACAACUGGGACUUCGAGCCCCGCAAGGUGUCCCGCUGCAGCAUGCGGUACCUGGCGCUGAUGGUGUCACGGCCUGUGCUGAAGCUGCGAGAGAUCAACCCUCUGCUCUUCAACUACGUGGAGGAGCUGGUGGAGAUCCGGAAGCUGCGCCAGGACAUCCUGCUUAUGAAGCCAUACUUCAUCACCUGCAAGGAGGCAAUGGAGGCACGGCUGCUGCUGCAGCUGCAGGACCGACAGCACUUUGUAGAGAACGACGAGAUGUACUCACUGCAGGACCUCAUUGACAUCGAGGCUGGGCGCCUGAGCUGCUCCCUAACUGAGAUCCACACCCUCUUCGCCAAGCACAUCAAGCUGGACUGCGAGCGUUGCCAGGCAAAAGGCUUUGUGUGUGAGCUUUGCAAGGAGGGCGAUGUGCUUUUCCCCUUUGACAGCCACACCUCAGUGUGCACUGACUGCUCCGCCGUCUUCCACAGGGACUGCUACUACGACAACUCCACCACGUGCCCCAAGUGUGCCCGGCUGAGCCUGCGCAAGCAGUCCCUCUUCCAGGACUCUGUGGCCGAGGCAGAGCCCUAAGCGAGGGCCCGUCUCCACGGCCACCGGGGCCCCGCGAUGGACAGAUGGCCGCGGAGGCUGCCCUGCAAACUUCACUUCUGCCACUCACGUGGGGCCAGGACUUGUGCUGGGUGGGGGUCCUGCACUUUGCAGCCACGUUGUGUGGGCGAGCGUGCUGGCAGAGCCGGAGGAACGGGCUCUUCCAGGAAGGGCGAGGGUGCCUGGAUGGGGCUGAGGUUUCCACGUGCUCCCAAAGGGCUGGGCAUGGCGUCUGGGGGAGAACCGGGGCGUCCUACCCUGGUGGGGCUGCCGGCAGCCACCACGUGCAGCCACGUGCUCUGGGUGAACGCUGCCUGGUUGGAUGCUGCUGGUCGGGGGGGGGAAGCAUCUCUUCUUCCUCCGCUGCAUUAUGGGACGCAUUAGAACACUGAAGGCCGGGGCUGAGGGAUGCUGAGGGGGGGUUUAAGGGCAGUGCUGGUGUGUGACACUACAUCAGGGGUGGGGCAUGCCACUGCCUCUGCUUUUGCAAUUGCUCAGUGCUGCUCGCGGGAGCCCCUACUGCACAUGCUGUCCCCCAACACCACUCCUGCAACACUUGCCCGGUCUGUCGCAGCUGCGUCGCCUCUUUGCACAGCGCCGCAGUCACAAUUCUGCCCUGGGGCUGCUCCUGGAAGAAGGGCUGAGGGAGCUUUGGUGGGCACUGUGGAAGCAGUGGGAUGGGCCCUCAUGGAUGAGGUCUGGCUCUGCCCCAGUGCCAGCUCCCCUGCAUCCCUCCUCCUAGCUUUCCCUAUGCUCAGUUCUGCUCGUGCAGAGGCUCCCCACAUCCCCCCUCCCUGUAACCUGCUGCUCCUGGCAGCCCCCACCCCAUACAGGGGUUGCAUCUCCCCUUCCCUGCAGCAAUGGACACGGGGCAGAGCAGUGGCCAUGGGUUGGUUGGUUUUACCAGUACACACAACUGCUACAUGGCGGUGGGCCGUACAGUGCAGACACUGCACAGCUCCUGGUCCUGCCACGCUGGGACCGUGGUGGAAAGGAGGUGGGGGCCGGGUAGUGCAGCCCCCAUUGUGCUACAGGGCUGAGGAGGCCAGUUCCCCCUCCCCACUGAGCCACCAGCUUUGGCAUUGCUUGGUACCCACAGUCUGAAGCUGCCACCCCGCAGCGCCCGGUCACACAACAUGUCCCAUAGCGAGUCCUUUGUCCUGCACGGCUUUUCCUGGGGCAGGGAGUGGGGAACGUGGUCAGAAGGAGCUGGGGACAAGGCAAAGCACACAUCUCUGCGUGCCCCCGUGUCUGUCCCCACCAGCCGGGGCAGCUCCUACUCCUGCUGAGGCUGCUCCACUGCCAGGAAGGUGUCCAGGGUGCCUGGUUGCAGCUCUGAGUCGCUGAGGUGCUUCUUCUCCCGGCCAUGCUCGCGUGCACGGGUCCAGGAGGGGGAGCGCAGGUACCCUGCCCGUGGCAUAGCCUGCGGGUGCAGCCCUAUGGGGACAGUCAGCUCAGCCCGUGCCUCCUGGCUACAGCAGAGGAGCGGGGUGCAGGCGGACGUUCACUCACCGCUAGGCGACUCGCUGGCCACGUUCUCCUCGUCAGAAUCGGCGAAGACCUCGGCCAGCUCCUGGUCCGACAUGUCGGUCAGCUCUGUGAGGUCCAGCAGGUCAAAGUGCACCUCCAGCGAGGACACGCUGCUCAGUGGCUCUGUGGGGAGCAGGACUGCGGGUGGGCAGCUGCCAGACAGAGCCCCUGGUGCUGAGCUGGGGGCCCCAUGGGAUCUGAGAGGGCUGGGUAGUGAUCCAG